AUGGCCAGCUACGAUUUCACGGAUAGAGGGAGCACCACCUUUGGGAAGGGAAGGCUGGGCAGCAGGGUCCCAGCAUGGGACACCCCCAACAGCACGGAUCUAGGCAACGUUACCAAAUCGGAGAGACCUCAGGAUCAUGUGUGCAGGCCCGUGAUUGUCAAUGCUGACGGUACGAUGACGCCUGGCAUAGUGUUCUUACCUCAACAAAACCAACAACAAAAAGAGACGGACAGCCUCGUUAGCAAGAUCGAUAAGGAAGCGGAACAUGUGUAUGCGCCUUUAGCAGCAGCGCACGGACACACCUCUGCUGCCCACAAUGGACGGAGUAAGCCCGUAGGCCAGCUGGUGGACAAAGCAAACCCAUUCAACGAAGCUAGCAGCAACGUCCAAACAGCAUCCACCCGGACAGGUUUCUCGAGCGGCAUGUUUCAGCGCCAGACACCCAACAGCUAUGGCGGUACCAAUCACACUAGCACCAAUGCAUGGGGUAGGCCGAGUGGUGGGACAUACGACACCAUCACAAAUGGGUGGAGUAGGUCGGGUGAUGGGACAUAUCGUUCCGGCACUGAUGGUUGGAGCAAGCUAGAUGGGGGCACCUACGACACUGGCAGCAACGGGUGGGGUAGGUCAGGUGACAGGACCUACGACACUGGCAGCAAGGGUUGGAGUAGGUCAGGUGACAAGACCUACGACACUGGCAGCAACGGCUGGAGUAGGUCAGGUGAUAGGACCUACGACACUGGCAGCACUGGGUGGAGUAGGUCCGGUGAUGGGAGCUACGAAAGUGGCACAAAUGGAUGGGGUAAGCCCACUAGUGGUACCUAUGACACCAGAGCCAGUGGUUGGGGCAAGCCGGGUGGCACAACCUUACACCAAACAAACUUCAACGGCUCUCGCGGAAGAUAUGAAUCAGCAACAAAUAAUGGUUGGGGUAAGCCUAACCACGUGAGCUGGGCCACCCCAACCAGCUAUGAAAUCCCACCCACUAAAACAACAAAUGAUGUAGAUUCUGCAGUUGAUUAUUUGAGAGAGUCCAUCGGUCCUCAAUCUAUUACCAUGGCCCCACGGCAGGGCCGGUUCUCGGCAUCGUCCCCCACUUACCCAACAAGGGAGACUGUUCUAGAAACGAUCGACAGCAGGGAAGCUUCCCGGAGGUACGGAAACUCAACAGCAUCACCUCAGACUAUCCAAGAAAUCUACUCGACAACUAUAGACAGCAGAGAGGCCGCACGAAAGUACAGUGGCUCGUUCGUCUGAAAAAGGAAUGUCGAGUUAUAUACAAUGGCAGAUGGUUCAAGGAGAAUUAUAUAAAUCGUUUUGGUUUAUAUGCUUCAUUAGAGCUGUCUUAAUCUACCAGUUUUUCUUUUUUAUCUUUAUCUUUUUUAAAGUUCUGUUUUUGUUUGAUGAACUGUCGAUCUUAAUUAAGUGCGUAAAACAUAUAUGUACAUGCUUUCAUGCUAGUAAAGAAGUAUUUGGAGUAA